AUGCUAGAGGAUCUAACUAUCAAGUUACCUCUUAUGGAUGUGAUCCAGAUGAUGCCUUCUAUGCGCAGUUUGAUGAAAGGUGUUAUCUCUGGAAAGAUAACUGGGGACAGCGAGCUGUUGUUGGUUUCGAAGGAGUGCACUGCGGUACUUCAGAACAGGCCGAUUAAGAAAUUGGAUGAUCCAGGCAAGUAUGUUCUCUCGAUACAAAUUGGGAAAACAGUAUUCGCUUGUUCUCUAUGCGAUCUGGGUUCCAGUGUCAACCUCAUGCCUUACUCCGUGGCAAAACGACUGGGUUUCACAGACUUCAAACCGACAAGAAUCUCUCUGGUGUUCGCCAAUAGAUCAGUCAAGUCACCGGUGGGUAUUCUGGAAGAUCUCCAUGUCCGAGUGGGCAACACCUUUGUUCCGACAGAUUUUGUGGUUCUGGAGGUUGAAGAGGAACCAAAAGAUCCACUCAUCAUGGGUCAUCAUUUGUUGUGCACAGCUGGUGCGAUCAUUGAUGUUCGACAAGGAAGGAUUGAUCUUCACCUAGGAGAUAUUGCGAUGAAGUUCGAGAUGAAGAAAUUGCUGAAGAAACCGAUGCUGGACGCGCAGACCUACACAGUUGAGGAUGAAGAUCAGGCGAUAUUCACUUAA